AUGGAUAAAUCUCAACCACAAUUCCAAUCACACUCUCGUUUGCUUGAGAUCACUGUCAUCUCCGCAGAGUCCCUCCGCAUUUCCAACCAUCUGAUCAAGAAGAACGCUUUCGUGACUGUCCAAACAGACACAUGCAAGUGUGUCUCCACGUCUGUUGAUAGAGAUGGAGGGGGCUACCCCACUUGGAAUGAGAAGCUAGAGCUGCCAUUGCCGGGCAGUGAUCGAUCAAUUCACGUCAAGGUGCAAUGUAAAACAUCUUCUAGGUCAUCGAAGAUGGUUGGGACUGUGAACAUCCCUAUGUCGGACAUUGUGGAUGGAUAUUUGCCGGCGCACCAUCUUCACUUCCUCAGCUACCGUCUGAGACAGGACGGAGAACGGAACGGGAUUAUCAAUCUGUCUAUCAAGAUGGUGGGCCCAGAAAAUGUUAGUAGGCCAUUGCAACCGAUGGAGAAGAUUAACGGUGGGAUUGCAGUUGGCAUUCCUGUGCCUUUUGGGUACAAGUGUGGUUAG